AUGCGAAAAAUUACCUACUUCUUCCUGUUCACGGUAUUACUUGAUUGCCAUCAACCUGGCAAUUCCGACGACACUGCUGUCGUCAAAUUUCUGGCAACGGGUAAUCGCAAACUCGAAUUCGACCGAGAUGGGAAUCGCGACGACCUCAAAGGAGGGACCAAUCCGGUGGAAGAGAGAGCGGGCAGCACCAAAUUGGAGGAGCUCCUGAAAACGACGCCCUAUCUGCAGAAACUCGGGCCUGGAGUGAGGGAUGCUAUGGAAAAGGUCAACAAGUUCAUGAAGAAAAAGCGACAUGCUUCAAUCAAUGUAUCGAUCGGUCUGAUGAAAAUGUUCGUGGCCGUGGGGAUGAUCGCGGGUCUCACCGGGUACAUCGUCUACCGAGUCGGGCAGACCUGA